GGCACGAGGCUCAACUGCAUGACCCGUAAAGAUCCCUUUGGCUAAAUUAGUCCCCGAUUCCACCAAGUAUUUCCUGAAUCCAUGUCACAUUCAGAGAAAAACAUUUGGUUAAAGUUUAGUAAAUGUUUUGCAGUGUGCUCAUGUGAUUUUUGAUUGUUUUUAAAAUUGGAAACAUUUAUUUAAAACAUAUUUCAUUUUAUUAAAAAAAAUAAAACAACAAAACAGAACCCUGAUAAUGAGUAAAAUGCUUCUGUUUUGGUCAAGAAAAGCUUUCUGUUCAAUCCUGCAAGACUUUUAACGUACCUUAUCUACUGAAAAAAUAUAAUACCCUUGGUUUUGACCGAUCUAAAAUGCACUUUUAGUACCCUGCAGCACAGGUGAAUUGAAGGAAGGCUAGGUGCAUGUUUUACUUCCGGUAUUAACUCCUGCAACAUUUGCUUCUUUACUCCUCAGGGUGGCUGAGGACAGGCUGUGGGCUCCAGAAUUUCUCCCUUUCCCUUCCCCUUUCUCUUACCUCGAAGUGUGGGAUGUGCAGCCAUGUGGCCAUUGGAGCUGACCCACCAUGAGUUUAUGCUCCUGAGACACCAAGAGAGGCUGUGCAAUAAGGAGAUUUUUUGUGGGUACUCAAAAUUUAGAAAUGGUGAAGGGGAUGUUGCUCAUGGUGCAUUAUAAGUAAUAGAGGGUGUUUAGUGAUCUUUGAACGUGAGCUGGGGAGAAGCAAGCUGGAGCAGUUCUAUCACUUGUAGGUGAAGUGUUUUCUAGUGUACCCACAGGCUGCAGACAGCUCUCACCCUGCAGAACUUACACAGAAUAUUGUGCAAUAAUGGGAGUGUUAGAACUUCUUUAUGUGAGCAGUAGAUGGUCAAACAUGGUAUAACUUGUUUGUUUUAAUUAUUAUGUGUUAAAAAGAAAAUAGUCUGCAAAAUGAAAGCCUUGACUGCAAUCUACCUGGGCUAGAAGUGCUCUGCGAAUGGCAGUGUUUUAGUCCAUUACUGGAUCCUUUACCUCCCUGUAUAUCAACCCUGACUCUGCAAUGAGUGCCUCAUCCCUGCCAUUUGUGGUUGGAGCAAACAGUGUGGAAGACCAGCGGGCUCGCUGGGAGAGAAAGCGCAGCAGGACAGCCAAGGAACUGCUGGAGACAGAACACAAAUACCUUGAGCAGCUGGAUUUGGUGCUCACGUACUUUGUGACAAUUUUAAAGGCCAAAGGGACGCUGAAACCUGCUGUGUUGGAAACUAUAUUUGGACCCCUGGAGUCCUUGUAUUCAGCCAGCCAUCUUCUGUCACUUCACCUGGAGAAAGGGAAUCUGGGGCCAGGACUGGAAAUUUUUUGUCAGAGUCUGGAUCUUUAUGGCCACUAUGCUGAGAAUUUGGAGCAGGCAAACAAAACAUUAAAGGAGCAAGUGAGGAAAAAUAAGUCAUUCCGGCGGUUUAAGAAACUCCAGGAGACUCGACCUCAGUUUCAAGGGAAGGAACUAGAGGACCUGCUUCCUUUGCCCCUGCAGAGGCUGCACCAGUACAAGCAUUUCUUCAGAGACCUGCUGGAGAACACCAGCCCAGACACUGCUGAGUACCAGAAACUUGCAAAGACUGUGAAAUCUGUUUGUGAGGUAUCUCACUGGGUCCAAGACAUCUUUGAUAAGAGAGAGAACUCCUUGCAGCUACUUCGGGUUCAGAAAUUGCUCAAAGGACAAAAGACACAGGUUUUGACUUCAGGGCGCUGGUAUAUCCGGGAAGGCUGGCUUUCGGUGGUGCCUGCAAAGGGAGAAGAACUGAAGCGCAGGAUGUUUUUCCUGUUCUCUGAUAUCCUCAUUGCAGCGAAGCCCUGCCACCCGCUGCACCUGCUGAACUCCAACAAACUGUCCUGCCAGGCUGUCUACCCGCUCCACCAGUGCUCGGUGGAUAAAGUGUUCGGCCACACAUGGAGCCAGGGAGGGCUCCUCAGUCUUUCCUUCCCACACAAGACACUGCUGUUGAUGUCCUGCAACCAACAAGAGAUCAAUGACUGGUACCGGAGUCUCACAGCUGCCGUCAGGCAGCUGAAAGCCUGAACCACUCCAGUACAAGCCAGAGUGGCAGGACAACCACCCUCAUGGCAGAAGCUUCCACAAUCUUAUAAAAUGUUCAGGGACAUAUAGUAGCUCUGAACUGAGAAGGACUACACACUGUGUGAGAUGAUGAAUGCUUUGUUAGCUGCCCUAAUGUUCGUACAGAUACUGCAAAAUAUGCAUUUGUACACAAAAAACCCUUUUGUAUCAAGGAUUUCCCCCAGUUUAGCUAAUAAUCUUCUAGCUUUUUUUGCACUUUAGUAAACUCAAGAUAACUUAAGGUCAAGCAGAUGGGAGUGUGACUUGUUUUCCCUCAUUAAAUGUUUUUUUAGAGGUAUUUUUGUAUUUUGUUAAAGCCUCAACACUGGACUUUUAAUGUAGAAUUUGUGCAGCAGUUUGGUUCAGAAAAUAUCUAUUUGAAUACGGCCAACUGCAAAGAGGAUAAUUUCAAGAUUACUAGAAACAUAAAGAUUAAAGUCUGUGUGAACACUGA